AAAAGUGCUUCAGAGACAGUCAUCCUUGGAUCGUAAACCAACCUGGACGGGUAAAGGAUUUGCAAAUGUGCCAGAGGGUGAAACACUGAGGUUCAACAUUUACAAUUUACCACGAUCUAUGGUGUACAACUUAAUGAUCCGCUAUGAACCACUGUUGCCAGAUGAAUGGGAGCAGGUUGUAGUACAGAUAGAGCGGCCCAGAGGCACUUACCCAGCAGCACCCUGCACUUCUACAUACAACGAUGAGCAGACCGUCUCACUGCACCCUGGAUCCAGAUAUGCAGUUCUGCCUGGCCCAGUGUGUUUGGAGAAGGGUCAGAAUUACACAGCGAAAAUUAGCUUCCCACAGUACUCAUCAUACAGCUAUCACUCUUCUCCUCACACACUUGUUGAUUCA